AUGAAGCGCGCGAUUCUCGCGUUGCCCCUCCUGGCCACCGCCAACUUGGUCGUCACAAACGUUACAUCGAAGGGCAACGUCAUCGACAAGGUGGUGCAGCUCUGCACGGAACUGAAAGAGAAGAUCGAGAACGACGGCAAGACCGAACAGGGAUCCUACGACAAAUACGCGUGUUGGUGCGAGGAGUCCCUGGGCAAGAAGGCCAACGACAUCUCUAAGGCGAAGGAGACCAUCGAGCAGCUGCAGACGGAGAUAGUCAAGUUGAAGGGCGAGCAGGCCACCCACGUGGUCAACGUCGCGCAGCUGAAGAAGGACAUCGCGGCCGCCAUCGAGUCUCAGAAGGAGGCGACGGCGAUACGCGAGAAGGAGAGCGAGGCCUACCACGAGGAGAAGGACGAGAGCGAGCAGUGCAUCGGAGCCCUCGAGGCCGCCAUCAGAGUGCUCGCGGGCGCGGGCGCUGGCAAGCCGAAGCAGCUGGAGACCCUGCAGGAGGCCCGCCUGCUGAGCGUGGUGGCCGGCGUGCGGGGCCUGCUGCGGCAGUCUGCGGUGGCGAGGUCCGUGUCGAGCGAGGACCUGGGCGUCGUGCGCCACUUCGUCGAGCGGCCCGAGGACUUCGUGGGCGAGAGCAUGGGGUCCCUGAGCGCCGCGCAGGUGGCCAACAAUCCCUACGGCGACUACGCGCCCCAGUCGACGCGCAUCACGGGCAUCCUGAAGGGCAUGUACGACACCUUCACCGGCGGCCUCGAGCGCGCGAACGCGGAGGAGGCGACGAAGCAGAAGGCUUUCGAGGAGCUCAUGGCCACCAAAAAGUCCGAGCUGCAGAGCCUUGAGGCCACCCUCGAGCAGCAGACGAUGUACGAUGCAGAGAAGACGAAGGGCCUCGCCGACUCCAAGGUGGAGCUCGACGCCACGAAGGAGCAGCUCGAGGCCGACGAGGAGUUCUUCGCUCAGGCCAAGACAUCCUGCAAGGACAAGGCCGCCGAGUGGGCCGAGCGCACGCGGAUGCGCACCGAGGAGCUCAAAGGCAUCGACAAAGCUCUCGAGAUCUUGACCGACGAGGAAAACCAGAAGAUCUUCGCCAACGCAACGUCAGCCUCCUUCCUGCAGCUGCGCUCUGACUCGCGCAGCGAUGAGUCCGAGGCCCGGAACGAGGCCUACUCGUCGCUGAAGUCCCUGGCGACCAAGUACCAGAGCAUCAGCAUCGCCACCGUGGCUGCUGCCCUGAGUGCGGGGGGUCACUUCGACAAGGUCAUCCAGUCCAUAAAUGCCAUGAUCGAGACGCUGAGGAGGGAGGACGAGCAGGACAUCAAGGAGAAGGAUUGGUGCCAGGGCCAGCAGUACAACAACAAGAUCACUGGCGAGGACCUUGAGUACGACAUCGAGAAGCUUGACGAGGAGCUCCAACGCGCCGAAGACCUCAAGAAGGAGCUGCAGGACAAGUUCACUGCUCUCAGCGAGGAGCUCAACAGCACCCAGACGGAGUUUGCUGAGCUCAAGCAGAUGCGCGCGGAGGCGCGCGCGUCGUUCUUGCAAUCUCAGAGGGACGACGCGGCCGCGGUCGCCCUGCUCGAGGAAGCCAUCGCGGCUCUGACCUCGUACUACCAGAAGAACAAGAUGCCGAUCGGGCUGGUGAAGGUACGCCGCCACCUCUUCUCGCAGAAGCUGGCCGAGGAGCCCGGCGGCGGGGCCGAGGAGGAGUCCGACCCGAGCAGGCCUCCGGAGACCUCCUGGGAGGAGGGCGGGUACAAGGGCAGCACCUCCGAGGCCGGCGGCCUCGUGGCCAUCGUCGAGCUGGUCAAGGAGGACCUGGAGAAGGAGAUCCUGACGGAUCGCGAGGACGAUGCCAGAGCCCAGACGACCUACGAGGCCGACCUGGCAGCCCUCCAGAAGACCCUGGACGCGAAGAAGACCGCCAUGAACGGAGUGGAGAAGGAGCAGGCGGAGCUGAACCUCAAGGUGACCGGCCUGGAGGCGAGGAAGAUGCACAGGAACAGCAGCCUGAGCCUGGCGCAGGAGCGGAAGGGAACGCUGGAGGAGCAGUGCGCCUGGGUGGAGAGCCACUUCGAGAGCCGCCGCGACGCGCGCAAGGCGGAGAUCGACGGCCUCGUCGAGGCCAAGAACUACCUCGCCGGCAUGGACGACCCCAGCGCGUGA